AUGACAGGUGAAUGCAAGGUGAUCAUGGAUUCUGCAGCAGACGCUGCUGAACAGACUUCACUAAACAUCCAGACAAAUCAGAGGUCAAGGCUGAGCACGGCCCUGAUGGCUGUCGCUCUUUGCCUUGCUGCUGCUGCUGCUGCUGCUGCGCUCCUCAUCUUCAACAUGAACGCCAAGGACCUGGGACCAGAUCAGCACAAUUAUGAUCUGCGUCACACGCUGAGGCACAUUUCAAACGUGAGAGCAGCGAUUCAUUUAGAAGGAGAAUACAACCCCAACGUGACGACGUCAGUGAAAUGGAUGAGUCAGGUGGACCAGUUCCACUCUCAAGGAGGCCUCGAACUCAAAAACAACGAGAUUGUGAUUCCACAAAGCGGCCUCUACUUUGUUUAUAGCCAAGCAUCGUUCCGGGUUAGCUGCAGCGGCGGUGAUGCCGACAUCACCUCAAAGUCCAUGGUCCACUUGAGCCACACCGUGAAGCGCUGGUCCAGCACUUUUGGCAACGAUGACGAGGAGUCCUAUCAGAUCAUCCUGCACUCCAUCCGCACGGCCUGCCAGAAGACGGGCGGCGGCGACUCGAACUCUGACGGCAGCUGGUUUUCUGCUGUCUAUAUGGGAGCUGUGUUCCACCUGAAGACAGGCGACAGACUGAAGACGGUGAUGGAGAAGAAGAUGCUGGAGAAACUGGAGGAUGACCCGGGGAAGACUUUCUUUGGAGUGUUUGCUUUGUGA